AUGCCACUCCAAUCGGCUCUGAUAUUUCUCUUCGUGGGCCCCAUCCUGUGGACUUUGGUCCAAAGGUCGAGGAGACGAUCUCAUCUGCCGCUACCGCCUGGCCCACCGACGCUCCCGAUCAUUGGUAGUGCGCUGCAUGUGCCAAGAGACGGGCCUGCCGGCUUCCGCGACUUGAGUUCACAAUAUGGCGACGUCAUGCACCUAGACGCCUUUGGUCAGCCUAUAAUCGUUCUCGGGUCACAUGAAGCUGCGUCCGACCUCCUGGAGAAGCGGUCCUCGAACUACUCGGACAGACCUCCCUCGCCGAUGGUUGACAUUUCUGGGUUCAGGUGGGCUUUCACCGUGCGGGAGUAUGGCCCUUUUUGGCGUCGUGGGAGGCGCGCCUUCCACCAGUACUUCAACCAAACGGCCGUGCAGAACUACGCCGCCGACCAGCGCCGCGAGGCUCACCGUCUCGUCAUGCGGCUCAUUAAGCAGCCGGAGGAGUUCGUCCACCACAUCAGGCACCUAUUCGGCUCCUCAAUCAUGCGCAUCGCGUACGGCAUUGAAGUCGAUGACGAGCCUAUCGAUUACCUGCAGAUGGCCGAGGACACCAUGACGAUCUUUUCGGAGGCCCUUCAACCGGGUAAGUAUCUCAUGGAGACGCUGCCAGCUCUUCGGCAUCUCCCUUCGUGGAUGCCUGGUGCGACGGUUAAGUGCGACGGAGAGAGGUGGAGACCGAUCGUGUGGAAGCUAGUUGAGCAGCCCUGGAAGCUCGUCAUGGCUGCAAUGAGAGAGGGCACGGCGCGUCCGUGCAUGGCUUCGGGACUGAUGGCCAACGUCCCCCAAUCGCAUGGCCAGAAUGACCAAAUCUCUGAAGAGGAAGAUAUUUACCGUGGCGCCACCGCGACGGCGUAUGCCGGUGGCGCGGAUACUACAUUAUCUACGGUCCAAAGCUUCUUCCUUGCGAUGGCUUCCCAUCCAGAGGUGCUCCAGAAAGCGCAAGCCGAGCUCGACGUGGUUGUAGGGCCACAUCGCUUGCCCGAGUUCGACGACAUGAAGUCGCUGCCGUACGUCUGCGCGCUCGUCAAGGAGCUGCUCCGUUGGCGCGUUGUCGUCCCUCUGGCGGUUCCUCACCGGAGCCUGGAGGACGACGACUACCGCGGGUACCUCAUACCGAAGGGUUCCAUGGUGAUUGCUAACAUCUGGGCUAUUGCGCGUGACCCGAAUGUAUAUCCUAAUCCGGAUGUAUUCUUGCCGGAACGUUUCCUCAAGGGCGGGGAAUUAAACCCGGAUGUGCGCGACCCUGCCACGUUCUCGUUCGGCUACGGGCGAAGGAUCUGCCCAGGAAGACACUACGCGGCAUCUUCACUAUUCAUGAUCGCCGCCACCGUCCUGCACACGCUUUCCAUCACUGCACCCCUCGGCAAGGAUGGUAAGCCCGUCCCUCCCUCGGGUAAGAUGACAUACGGUCUCCUGUCGUACCCCGAACCAUUUGAAUGCGUAAUCAAGCCGCGCUCGGAGGAGGCCGAAGCCCUCAUCAAGGCGAGCUGUGGCGAUAUGGAUGGGCUUCGUACCAAGAGAGCGUAA